AAGCUGCAGACGUAAAGAUGGACGCCUCCGUACUCUGUUGUAUGAAUCGGAUCACAAGUUUACAGUUUUUAAGCAGCAUGUCGCGUCUGGAAAUCCUUCGUAAAUGUACAUAUCUGUUUAUUAUCGUGUGUAUUACGACUCGACCAUCGCUAGCGGACGAAUACGAGCAGGAGGAGUUUUUGAAACGAGAAUAUUCGCUGAUCAAGCCCUAUCGAGGUUUAGGUUUCUCCAGCUCUUCACAAUGGGACCUGAUGGGGACUGCAGUGGUCACGCCCGACUAUAUCAGACUGACCCCGGACUCCCAGAGCAGACAGGGGGCAGUGUGGAGCAGAAUUCCUUUUUACUUGACUGACUGGGAGCUAAAAGUGCAUUUUAAAGUCCAUGGACAAGGAAAGAAGAAUUUCAAUGGUGAUGGUCUGGCGAUUUGGUUGACAAAGGAGCGAAUGCUGACUGGUCCUGUAUUUGGCAACAUGAACAAAUUCACUGGACUGGGUAUUUUUGUGGACACCUACCCCAACGCCGAGAAGCAACACGACAGGGCGUUCCCGUACGUGUCGGUGAUGCUGGGGAACGGUACCCUGGAGUAUGACCACGACAAAGACGGCCGCUCCACCGAACUGGGAGGCUGCACCGCCAUGAUCCGAAACUCCCUCCACGACUCCUUCCUGCUCAUCAGAUACACGCGCAAUCAGCUCACGCUGAUGACUGAUGUUGACGGUAAACAGACGUUCAAAGACUGUGCCUCUAUAUCAGGACUGAGGCUGCCUCUGGGAUACUACCUUGGAGCCUCCUCUGCCACUGGAGAUCUGACAGACAACCAUGACCUGAUCUCGCUGAAGGUGUACCAGCUGACUGUGGAGAGGGAGCCCGGGGAGGAGGACGAGGAGGUGCUGCUGCCCAGAGUGGACAACAUGGACCAAUUUCACGUGGACGUCCAGGAGGAGGGCAUGACUGGGGUCCAGAUCUUUAUCACCUUCCUCUUCUCCGCCAUGGGCCUCGGGGUGCUGGGCGUGGUCGGACUCAUACUCUACGGACGCUGGAAGGAAAACAAGCGCAAGAGAUUCUAUUGAUACUAAAUCAGUUUGGUAUUUUACAUAACACCAACUCAAAUAAUAUUAUAUUCAAAGCGAUGGGUCUCGAGGCUGUUGUAAACAAAAUGGGGCGUGUUUACAUUUUAGAAUUUUACAUAAAAAACUCAGAUGGAGGUGUAGUAAAAAAAGAAGAAAAUUCAGAAAUUCUAUGAUUUGGUCCACUUCUUGAUACAAUAGUGACAAAAUAAAUCCUUUUUGUCUUAUUUUUUCUGAUAAAGAUGUCAUACUUUGUCAGAUAUAUUUUCCAAAAAAAAUAAAAAAUUCGAUGCAAAUACUGCCUUUGAAUUCUUAACUGACGUCCAGCUCAAUUUUGAACAAAUGGCCCAAUAACAUAACAAUAUAAUGGUAUGACAAGAACUCUGCCUAUUUGCUGUAAACGGAUGUGAACAUGUUUUUAGUAUUUUUCAAAAAACAACGGAAAGCUGCUCUGAAAUUUUAAGAUGCAUUGUGUAACUUUUCUGGUGGAGGGUCCGUCAAAUGCUUUACUCCAUAGAGAUUAUAUUAGUGCUUUAUCUGGAAUGUUCCACAGUAUGGUAUUAAACCUUUCUAUCUUCAUGGAGAUCAAACUAGACCAAGUUACAGGUCAGAUCUGUGGAGAGGCGACCCCUCUCACAGUCAAAAUACCUGUUUUUCUAGGUAUUUUUUGAGCAAUUAAACCACCUGUAAUUGAAUAAAUGUAAGGCAGGUCUGUUUAAUGUCAUACUGUGGAACAUUCUAAGUAGAGUGAUGACAUCUCCAUAGAAACAAGAAGGUGACAGACCACCAACUGAUAAGUUACACAGUGGAUCUUUAAAGGGUUAUGCCCAAAUGUGGCUGUAGUGAAGUAACUUCAUUCAUAAAACACAAUUACAAAUUUACAAAUGAGCACUGAUAACAUGUAACACAAAUUUUAUACAAAAUAGAAAAAAAAAAAAAAAAAAGAGAGAAACAUAUGACAAAAAAAAAGAAAAACAAAAACAAGUCCGUGGGCCAACAGGGUAAAAUGGAAUAACUGAAAUUUGUGCAUCUGGCUGGUAACGCUGAAUACGAACAAUGAACAAAUGAACAAGCGAAGAAAAUAUAUACUAAAAAAUGUCUAGAUUUUCACUGAAAUUUAUUUAGUUAGAAUUUGCAUACUAAAAUUUGAAAAUAUUUUAGAUUACUAAUGCAUUUUUGAAUUGUGAAAAGAAAUGAUAGAAUUCUAAAUCAAAUUUCUUUAUAGUCAAAUUGAAUUAUUUUCAAAAUGCAGAAUUUUUCGUAGCCAAGCAAAGCACUGUGAAUCAUUCUUAUGUAGCAUCUACUGUAUGUACUUUCUGAUUGAGAAUUUUACAUAGUGGUGUAUGGAGUGGUGGCCAUUUACAAACGCAAACCAAAUAUUUACAUACAACUUCUCAAAAAAGUAAAAAUAAAUGAAAUUUAAAAAAAAAAUAGAUUAAAAAAUCCAUGCACUGAAAAGUCAAUUUAUGUUUAAUUUGACACUGCUCGUCGAAAUUUAAAGCUGCAUUGUGUAAGUUUUCUGGUGGAGGGUCCGUCAAAUGCUUUUUUUAUGGAAAUCUUAUUGUCUGGAAUGUUUCACAGUAUGGUAUUAAACCUUUCUAUCUCUGUGGAGACUAAAACCAGACUACUGGUGGUGAGCUAUCAGAAGGUCUCCACCUUAUUAGCCUAUUGCUAUUGUAAAUGUAUCAUUUUGAAGCCCAACUUUCUUCAAUAAUAAAUGGACAAUGGUAUAUUUUUUAAUAGGCAUCUAACUGUACUAAGGUUUGCCCUCUAUCUUAUAAUCACCUCAAUUUCUUGCAACCGUUAAAAUGACUAGCUCUGUGGUCUUUUUGAUUUAUAAAUAUGGUUCUCUGGAGGAAAAAAAGGUUGUGGACCCCUGGUGUAGAGGCGACCCCACUCACAGUCAGGAUGCCUGUUUUUGUAGGUAUUUUAUGAGCUAUAAACCACCUAUAAUUGGAUAAAUAUGAAGUAGAGCUGUUUAAUGUCAUACUGUUGAACAUUUCUAGUCAGCCUGGCCUAGUGCCUCUGCUCAAUUUCACUUCUCUCCAGCAACUAGGUCAGGAAUCAAAAUACACUAGACGAUUUGCAAGAAUCCCAGAAGUGCAAGCUCGGACACCAGCCAAUCAGCGAAGAGUGAUGUGUUCAGUGUUGUCAAUGAUUCCUGAGAUCGAGGAAAGACGUUAUUAUCUUUCUUCCCACGGGAUUUGGGAAAAGCUUAAUAUACAAGUUAGUCCCAUUAGCGGCGCAUUACAUACGUCACGACCAAAUAACAGCGAUUGCUUAAAUGAAAAAAAGUACCUGUCUACAGUCGAGCGAACGAAAUCUAACACUGUGAGGUCAGACGGUUUGUAUGAAUUGAAACGAAGUGAAACCGGCUAAUGAAUCAGGCUAGAACAUUCCAGGCAGGGCGAUGACAUAUCCAUAGAAACAAGCAAGUGACAGACCCUCUCCUAGAAAACUUACACAUCACACCUUUAAACUUUUUCCUCUAAACUAUAUUUCAAUCUGUAUCCUGCAUUUCAACUUUUUUUUUUUUUUUUUUUUGGCCUUUUCUCUCGCACUGUGAAUCUUUUGUGGUUGAAUAAACUGGAAAUCUGAACAAAAUCGCAGUUUGUUGAAGUGAAGCUGGUGUAAUAAAGGAGCACUCUGUAACUUUUCUUUUCUCUUGCUUGUCUCCAUGGAGAUAAAAUUGCCUUGCUGGAAUAUUUCAGAGUUUAGCAUGAAAUCUACGUAGAGGUGCAUUACGGCUUUCCCAUGGAGAUGUUGUUAUUCCUUUGUCUGCAAUGUACCAAAAUAUGGCAUUAAACAUAUCAAGACACCACCAAGCCGACUUACAGGCGAGAUCCGUGAAGAGGCGACCCCACUCACAGUUAGAAUCCAUGUUUUUAAAGGUAUUUUUGGGCAUUAAAAACACCCAAAAUAAUGCAGUUUAAAACCAUAUUGUGGAACAUUACAGGCAAAGCAAUAGCGUCUCCAUGGUGACGGACAUCCAGCUCGAAAGGUUGAUACUGUUUACUCCAUGGAGACAGUUAAACGAGGCAAUUGGGCGAAGUUCCGGGUCAAAUCUGUGAAGAGGCGAGCUGAUUUUCAAGUUAUUAUUGAGGAAAUAAAUACAUGUGUGAUUGAAUAAAGGGAAGAUGUUUAAUGCCAAAGUGUGGAACAUUCCAGGCAGAGCAAUACCGACUCCAUAGAGAUAAAGUUACACAGUGUGCCUUUAUUGUUUUUUCAGAUUGUGCCUUUACUGCUGAUGUCCACUGGACGUACCUCAAAAGUUAACGAGGAAGUCGUGGGUUCAAUUCCCCACAUUCCCCAGUUGACACACAAUAGCUGAGUGGAGUUUGCAUGUUCUCCCUGUGUUACUGUGGUCUCCUGCCUCUCAGUAAUGCAGUGAGGUUGUGGGUUAGAUUCCCAAAAUGAAAAAAAAAAAAAAAUUCAAGCUGCAUUCAGGGGUACAAAGGCAAAAAAAAUAAAAAUAAAAAUGUGAAAAAGUUCUCUAAAUGUUACCUUUUUCGAAUCUCCUUUUUUUUUUUAAAUUCUGCCCGGUAACUAUAGUGUUCCAACUUUUAAUCUGAUAUUUCAAUCUUAACUAACAAACUAUAAAUAAAUAAAUAGAAAUAGUAAAAAAUACAGUGCACUAUGUAACUACUCUGCGAGAGAAAGAGUAUGUUGUCUGCUCGUCUCCAUGGAGAUAUUACCACUUUGCCUAUAAUUUUCCACAUUAUGGCAUUAAACUUGUUCAUUAUAGGUAUUUUUUAUUACUCAAAAAUGCCUUACGGUGAGCAAGAUCAGCUCUCCACAGAUCUGAUUGGUGAUUUAAUAUCAUAUCGUGGAUCGUGCCGGGCAAUAACAUCUCCGUGGAUACAAGCGAGUGGCGUGCACAGUAAUUCCAGAAAAAGUUACGUAUUGCGCCUUUAAAUCUCAAAAACUCAAUAUCCAUACAUGUUACGAUGCCACUUUUUUCACGCAAUUUUGAAGACGCAUUGUGUAACUUUUCUCGCGGAGGGUCCGUCACCUGCUUGUUUCGAUGGAUUUAUGGUCAUUCGCUCUGUCUGGAAUGUUCCACAGUACGACAUUAAACAGCUCUACUUUACAUUUAUUGAAUUACAGGUGGUUUUAUAACUCAAAAAUACCUAGAAAAAACGGAAUUCUGACUGUGAACGGGGGUCUGGUUUGAUCUCCAUGAAGAUAAAAAGGUUUAAUACCAUUUUGUGAAACAUCUUCGCAGAGAAUAGCAUUAUUUGACGGACCCUCCACCAGAAAAGUUCCACAGUGCACCUUCAACUUAAUUGUUGUGUAUUUGUAGUUUUGUGUUUGAACAAAUCUCUUGCUGUAGCCUAUACUGCCCGAUAAUGUUUUGAAAUAUGUCUGUGUGACUGCUCAUCUCAAUCAUGAAACAUACUUUUAAUGUCCAUGUCUACUGUAUCACCAGCGAAUGACAUUUUGUAUACAUUUUCUAUCAAAUUGAGCCAUUGAGAUAAGUAUUUUCAUAACUCUGAGUCAAAUCAUUUACAUUUUUUUUCUGACACUUUCAUAAACCACUAUUGAAGCUAGGGUUGGGACGAUUUUCACAAUUUUUGCGAGACGAGAUUGGGUCCACGAGAACGAGACAAGACGAGAUUUUGACAUAAUUUGUGAUAAAUAAGUUGUGCAUCCGUUUUACAUUUCAUUUCACUUAAUUUAUUUUAUUAAACGCUUUAGUGAUCUGCUGUUUUUUGGAACCGCAGCUUCUCAAACUGCAUAACCCACCGGCUCUUAAGUCUUUUUAGUCCGAGCCAAAGGUAAAUUCAAAGGGGGAAAAAAAAUCUCGUGGGAUCGUUUUUCUCGUGUGCGCGCGAUCUUUUGGCAAUUUUGUCUCGCAAGAUCUUGUCCCAUCCCUAAUAGGCUCUGUUCACGCUUGCCUGAAGACGUCUGGAAACAUGCGGAUGACGACUUCCGGUGUAGUUACCGUCACCGUGGAUUCAGCAGCAGCGUAUCCACAACCUGCCACGGGGGACGGGACUCUAAUUGCAGCUUCGACGUCGCUUACAGGCAGCUGGUUGGAACUGUUGAUCUGCCGAACAUAACAGAACGCUACAAUGACAUUUUAAAUGAAGUUCCACAAAUUAUAACACGCAAAUUAAUGGGCAGUUUAUAAAAGGAAAAAAAGAAAGCAUACAGUGACAUCUAGAUGAAAAUAAAACGGGCCAUUUUCUCAGAUUUUGUCAGUUACUAUCACCAAAAGAUCCCGAAGGAAUUCGUCAUCCGCAUGUUUCCAAACGUCUUCCGGUUUUGUGAUAUAAGUGUGAACAGAGCCACUGAAGCGCAUUUGAUUGUCAGUUGUCUUUUAGAUGUGUGUUAUUUCUUGCAAAUGUCUGUGUAGUUAGUACUGUUGAAUGUGUGAAAGCUCUUUAACCAACAAACUCAACCUCUAGGCAAUUAUUAAAUUAAAAAGACAAUUGUGAACGAUUUUUCCUAAAUAAAUGUUUCUUACAUGAU